UCCUUCUCGUCGUAGGCUCUCUCACUGCUCCUCCGCUUCCUGGCCUCGCUGCACCCCGUUCUGACAGCUACUAGUACCGCUUUCUCGAAGACAACUGGACCGUAGAGAAUCCUCGUUGUGGAAGAUUAAGAAAUAGACCCUUUUUUUUUUUGCUGUCGGAUUUAUUCAUUGUCCUACUUCGAAAGUUGUUUAUCGGACGAGAGACGGAUGGUUUUGGAAGUCGUUCUGAGGGAUACGAAAGUGUAAAGGAAGGUUUUUCUUUUUUUUUUUCUUUUUGUCUUUUUUUUAGACCCUAACGCAGUAACAUAAAGAGACAUAUCUACUGUUCAUGGCUGCUGGGGAAGGUGCCCAGCUGCCGGCAACAAUAGCGGCCAGCCGGUGCGUGGAGAAGUCGCUCGAGGAAGCUACCGGGAGCGGUGCUCUGAACUUGUCGAACCGUAAAUUGAAAGAGUUUCCCCGAACCGCCCGGAACUAUGACUUGUCCGAUAUUACGACAGCCGACCUUUCUAAGAACCGUCUGUGCGAGCUGCCAGAGGAGCUGUGCCAGUUCAUCUCCUUGGAGACGCUCAGCUUGUACCACAACUGUGUUCGCUCCCUCACCCCCGACCUCUGUCACCUACAGGCUCUCACCUACCUCAACCUCAGCCGUAACCUCCUCUCCAGCCUGCCCCCCUCGAUGUGUCAGCUCCCCCUCCUGAGAGUCCUGAUCGUCAGCAACAACAAGCUGUCGGCCCUGCCCACCUCCAUACAUACCCUCACUCACCUCCGACAGCUGGAUGUGAGUUGUAAUGGCCUGCAGUGUUUGCCUGUGGAGCUGGGUCAGCUGGAGUGUCUGAGAGACCUCAACUUGAGGCGGAACCAGCUCACCACACUGCCAGAGGAGUUGUCCGAGUUACCCCUGGUCCGGUUAGACGUCUCCUGUAACCACAUCUCCCACGUGCCUGUGUGUUACCGCCACCUGCGUCAACUCCAGACCAUAGUCUUGGACAACAACCCCCUGCAGCAACCGCCUGCCCAGAUCUGCUCUAAGGGGAAGUACCACAUCUUCAAGUUCCUCAACAUUGUGGCCUGCAAGAGGAGCCAGGAGGAGCUGGAGAGAGCCCUGAGACCUACAGGGUUUAAUAGCUGUCUGUCGGACCAUGAGCUGUUCUCAGGUCAGUUUGGAGGUUUGGACUCUGGCUUCAACAGUGUGGACAGCGGCAGCAAGAGAUGGUCUGGGAACGAGUCUGCAGAUGACUUCUCAGAGCGGUCCCUGCGUAUGGCUGAGCUCACCAGAGACCAGAGGAACCUGGAGGAAGAGGGGGAGGACGACUCUUCCCUCACAGAGACCCCAGACACGGUGAAUGGGGAGGCCAAGCGGGUGGAUGUCAUAGCGUCACCGAGGAGCGUCACCGAGGAGAAAGAAGACUGCAGGGCGAAUCGUCCCUCUCCCCCCAUCACAGCGCCCCCGCAGGAGAACACAGCGGAAUCCUCACCACCACCCCAAACACAAGACUCUUCUAGAAGCAGUGUGGAGGUAGGAGGGGGGCUGUCACACCCGUCCCCCUCCAGUCCCACCCUGGAGGAGAGGAGGAGACCAGGUACCCUGCUCAUCUGGCAGGAGAGAGAGAGAAUCCAUCAGCAGAGAGACAACACGGCCAGAGACAAUGGUUUACUGAAGAUUACAACGGCCAAAACAGGAAGUAAUGUGGCGACGCUGUCACAGACAGGAAGUAGCUCGAGUGGUAGCUCACCAGAGAACAACCACUCCCAGAACGGGCUCAGACAACGAUGUGCGAGUGCAGAUCAGAUGUCACUGUCUCAAACGGCACCGGUUCAGCGCUCUGUUAGCCGAUCAGACGUUCCGUCGUCCCCUCCAGGCCUGAGUCAGAAACCCAACAGUUUCCUCUUCCGCACCUCAUCCCGCUGCAGCGGCAAGAGUCAGUUCUCCAUCUCAGGCUCCACACAGAGUCUGGUGGAGGCAGGCCGCUCUGAGUCUCGCUCCGUGUUGAGGCCAGAUGUCGUACAGCUACGUAAGACUCUGGAGUCGACUGGUUGUGUAGACUCUGCCUGUGUCUGUGUGUCUGAGGAUCUGCCUGGUGAGGCGUGUGUCUGUGUGGAACUGGUCCUCUGCCAGCUGGCCAAUCACGUGCGGCCUCGCGCUGUGUCCAUCAUCCACAUUCCCUCCCCAGCAGUGCCAAAACUGAGCACGGCCAAGUGUCGUCUCAACGUGGAGAACUUCAUCUCUGCCUGUCGUAGGCUGGGGGUCCCUGAGGACACCCUGUGUCCCUGCCAGCUGAUCCUGGACGGUGAGGGUCUGUCGCGGGUCGCCCAGACCGCCCAAGCCCUGCUGGACCUCCCUGUGUCAGGACCCCGCCGCGCUGCUGCCCCAACCGGGCUGCCCCAACAACUGCCUGCUCAGAAGCUUACCAGCACCCAGUAGUUAUCAUUACAGGAUGAAAUAUAAUGCAGUCUGCUGUGUGGGAGUCUGCUGUGUGUGUGUUCUUUCAUUCUUUGCCCAUGUCAGUUUGCGGUCUAAACAUCUGCAUGUUAAUACAACUUCCCCAUAAGACUCAACUACACUGUCACGUUGAAGAAUAAAAUCUCAGGAAACUGUC